UUUGCUGGCGACCAAGGGCGGUGUCGGCGCUCACUCGCGCUCGGACAGGCGACAUGGCGUGGCCGGCACUUCUGUUCCUUAGCUGUGCCCUCCUGACGGGAAGAAGCGCGGCCUCUCGGCUGGCGCCCGCCCUCGAGGAACUCACGACGCAGUACUGGGAAUGGAGGAUCCAAGAUGCACCCGAGUACGCUUCUUUCGUGGGCAUCCACGAGCACGACCACCUCCUGGACGACAUGUCUUUGGAGGCCUAUCAGCGGCGCCUCAACCAGUCACAGGCCUUCCUGAAUAAAGCUGAGGCCUUAGACGGCGAGCUCACGGAACAAGAAGAUCUGGUCAACCUCAAAAUCCUGAAAAAAGAACUGGAAACCUACAUUACAGGGUUUCCUUUCAAAGGCUUCGUGUUGCCGCUUUGCUACAUGGAGGGAGUCCACACUGACUUCGAGCGGCUUAUCAGCUGGAUGGUCUUCGAGACAACGGAGGACUUCCAAAAGCUCCUCUCUCGCUUCGAAAAGCUCCCGCAGCAGCUGCAGCAGAUUCAGCGGCUGAUGGACGAAGGCGUGGCCUCCAGCAUAGUCAACCACGCCAUCUCCAUGAAAGGCGUGGCUGAGAGCCUCGGGAGGUUCGUGGUGUCCCAGGCCGAGGACUCGCCGCUGUGGGAAAGAUUCACAACCUUCCCCGACUCCUUCACGCAAGAGGAGAUCACAGCGUUGCAAGAUCAGGCGAGGCAGCUUAUUCUAGAUGAGAUUUCCCCGGCCUUCAAAGUCCUACAAGACUACGUGCAGAACGAGUACACGACCAGACCAGAAAUCGCCGUCACCAGUCUCCCCGACGGCGAGGACCGCUACGCUCAGCUCCUCAGAUUCCACACCUCAACCAGUCUGACAGCAAGUGAAAUUCAUCAGUUGGGUCUAGACGAAGUCACUCGCAUCGAGGGAGAGAUGGCCAAAAUCGUCGAGGAGCUGGGAUACGACAUGACGGUUCCUGAGUUCUCUGCAAUGAUUAGGAAUGACUCCCGCUUUUACUACGACAAUGCAGACGACCUUCUAGCGGGGUUCCAGGACCUUGCAUACAACGUGAUUCCUCCAAAGAUUCCUGAACUCUUUACAAACAUACCCACAUCUGAGUUACAGGUGGUAGCUGAUCCAUCUCCUGACGGUGUGGGAGCCUACUACCUGGCUGGAGCUUAUGACGGUUCCCGGCCGGGCAUCUUCUACGUCAAUACUUACCACUACGAUGCUCAACCCAAGUACGAGAUGAUGACGCUGUCUCUGCACGAGGGCAACCCCGGCCACCACCUGCAGGGCUCGCACAGCAUCGAGUCCGUCAACAUGCCCUUCUUCAGGCGAGCAAUGGAGGACCGCAACUACUUCCAGGCGCCGUCGAGGUUCCCCAUGAACACCGCCUUCACCGAGGGCUGGGGACUCUACUCCGAAAGUCUUGGCUUUGACCUGGACCUCUACGGGGACCCAUAUGACAGGUACGGCCAUUACUCGGACGAAAUCUUCCGCGCGUGCCGCCUGGUGGUGGACACCGGCAUGCACGACGCGCGCCUGGGCUGGACCCGCCAGGAGGCGAUCAACUUCAUGUUUAACCACACAGCCAUGGCGCUCGUGGAUGUUGAGAAUGAGAUCGACCGGUACAUCACGUGGCCGGGCCAGGCCGUGUCCUACAAGGUCGGCCAGCUCAAGAUCUCCGAGCUGAAGGCCAAGGCAUCAAGUGAGCUCGGUGGGGCUUUCGACGUCAAGAAGUUCCACGACAUCGUGCUCGAGUCCGUCGGGCCGCUCGACGUGGUCGAGGAGGAGAUCGACGCCUGGAUCGCGGCCGGCGGGGGGCCGUAGAAGCCAAGACAAAAGGAAAAAGCGAAGGCGAAGGCGCGCAAAGACGACCGUGUUCUUUCACAGAUAGUAAAGAGAAAAGCAAGA